AUGACAGGUUCAGGAAGUAGCCAUCAAGAAAUUGUCAUUGCUACCGAGACUACACCUCUUGUCAACAAUGGCAACGGUGGCUAUGCUACCGUUCAGUCGACCGCCACAUCGUCCUCAUCCCCAGCUCACGCUGAUCAUGCUGCACGACGCAAAGAAGUCGUGGGAUUACUGUUGAUGACUUUAUCUGCGUUGGGAUUCUCGUCCAUGUCCUUAUUCGUUAAACUAAGUGGUGCUAGUUUUCCGUCCUUCGAGAUCGUCUUGGCUCGCUCCAUUGUCCAGGCCGUCCUGGGGUUGAUUGGCUGCGCCAUCUUUAAAGUAAACCCUCUUGGCAAACCCGGGGUGAGAGGCUGGCUGUUUUUCCGGGGUUUAGUAGGCUCCUUAGGUUUGGCUUUAUUCUUUUACAGUAUCACCCAGUUACCCCUUGCCGACGCCACAGUUGUGUUCUUCUUGAGUCCCGCUUUCACGGCCAUUCUCGCUGCCGUGGUUUUGGGUGAAUCUUUCACCUUGUUCGAUGGAUUAUGCUCAGUCAUGUGUCUUUUUGGCGUUGUCCUUGUCUCCAAGCCGCAAUUUCUUUUUGGAGGCGACGCCAAGUUGCCAAACGGACAAACGGAAGCACAACGUUUAAUGGCGAUUUUCGCUGCCCUGAUUGGUGCCAUGAUGUCUGCGGUUGCUUAUUGUACGGUCCGCAAAAUCGGCAAAGGUGCACAUUUCAUGGUGCAUGUGGUCUAUUUUGGUGUCAUUUCCACCCUUAUUAGUCCUAUCGGUCUUUUGACGCUGCAAAAAUUUGUCAUGCCCCACGGAUGGUACGAGUACUCAGUCCUCUUCUUGGUAGGCUUGAUGGCUUUUGCUGGUCAAUGUCUACUUAAUCAAGGUUUGCAACUUGCUCCUGCCGGUCCAGGAACAUUGAUGCGUAUGAACGACGUUGUUUUCGCCUUUUUGUUUGGUAUCUUUAUCCUUCAUGAAUACCCCGACUUUUACAGUAUUUUGGGUGCCAUUGUCAUUGUAGGUAUGACCACUGCAUUGGGUUUACACAAAUGGUUCCUCCAUGCUGGCCGAUCUGCAUUCACUCGAAAGUAG